UGCAGAAUUUUAGUAAAUCAUGAACAAAAGAGAUACAGAAAGAGGACAAGGAAGCCAGCGCCAUGGUUUGUGACACGUAAAAGUGCACCCAGGACAUACGGAAUAACAGAGGAAAAUCUGACAGACCUACGAGAAAAAGUAUGGGAGGAUGUAGCCAACAUGAAAACUUCUCCAAUCAGAGAAGAAUACUUAGAAAAGAAGGGACUGACAGAUAACAUGCUCGCUAGUCUUCAACAAAGUGCUGGAGAGGACUUUCAGUGGAAAUAUAACACAAAAAGAACAGGUGUACUGGCAAUAAAGCUUGGCUUAAUACCACAGUGGAACAAGGAAGGCAAAAAAGUGUUGUGUACAGUCUUGCAGGUAAUAGAUAACCAUGUGAUAAGAUACACACCUCCAGAAGAGUUCCAGAAAACACAAGGAUUCCAUCCUUGGUUCCCGCGGGAUGUGGGGUCUAUUGUGGUUGGUGCUCUCUCAUGUAGUCCUCUGCUGUUCACCAAACAGUACAAUCACUUAUUCCUGGAGGCUGGGGUUGCUCCAAAGAGAAAAUUAACCAGAUUUUUGAUAUCUCCAGAAUGCAGGAUUGCUCCAGGAACCAGACUUAGAGCAGAUCAUUUUAGAGUUGAUGAUUAUGUUGACUGUAGUGCUAAAACGAUUGGACAUGCGUUUCAAGGUGUGGUGAAGAGGUGGGGGUUCAAAGGUCAAAGUGCAUCUCACAGAGGAGGGAAAAACUGGCGCAAGGCAGGGGCCAUGGGCGGAGGAAGGUCACAAGCUGGAGUGAGGCCUGGUAAGAAGAUGCCAGGUCACAUGGGAAUGGAUUGGAACACACAGAGAGGGCUAAAGAUUGUGAGGAUGGACACAAAAUAUGAUGUGAUUUAUGUGAAGGGGAUAGUUCCAGGCCCAGACCACUGUUAUGUGAGAGUGAUGGACACUUCAUUAAGAAACAGGAGGCACGAAAUGAUGAAAAAUCCCCCAAUCUGCCCCACUAGGUUUGAGGAGUCAGCCAAAGACUUGCCGAGUGAAAUUAUUUCCAAGGACCUUUAUGAUUUCAGAGACCCUACUAUAUCAUUUGAUAAAGAAUAAAUAAAUUUCUGUUUGAAAAUGAAUAA